AUGAAACUAAUAGAAAAUGAGACAUUCUUAUUUUCAUUUUAUUUAGAUUUUGCUGCAAUGGACCAGGGAAUGUAUCCGGGUAAUAAACGAUCGAAUGAAGAUCUAUCAUCUGGUGUCAAUGAUAAUAAACGUACUCGAAAUUUAUCUUCAUCUCGAAUCGAAUAUCGUUUUUUAAUUGCUGCAUCUGAUGCCAAUGCGAUAUUUGGACGAAAUGGUGAAAAUUUUCAGUCACUGAGAAACAAAUAUCAUAAUCUUAUUGAUGUGUCUCAACUUCAAACGCCUGAACGUGUUUUAAUUCUAUUUGGAGAUGAAGAAAAAGCCAUGACUAUAUUAGCAGAUGUACUACCUAUGAUGGCACAAAAUCAAGGAGUUCGACCUGGUUUCGUUGAAUUACGUGCCAUGAUUCAUUCAUCGCAAGCGGGCGCUGUUAUUGGGAAAAGUGGCGAUCGUAUAAAAGAAUUUCGCCAAAAAUAUAAUUUAGAUACAAAAGUAUUUCCGAAUCCGACUCCAGGUGAUACAACAGAAAGGAUCCUUUCAUUGCGUGGUGAAUUACCGAAUAUUGUAGAAUGUUUAAAAGAAGUUUAUGCUAUACUAGAUCAAACACCGAUACGUGGGCAAAUACGAAAUUAUGAUCCAUCAUUUUACAAUGGCGUUGAUGUCGAACGCUACGGAGGUUUUAUUGAAAAUCAUGAUUUUCAAGCGACACGCACAAGAUUUAAUCCAAAUCAUCAACAAAACCAACAGCAAAUCGGUGGAAAUUAUAAUAAUCGAGGCGGUAAUAAUCAUAUGAAUUAUCCACAAAACAACGGUCCAAUGCCAACAACUACUCAAGUCACUAUUCCACAUUCAUUGUCUGCUUGUUUAAUUGGUCCACGUGGUACUCGCAUAGCACAAAUUCGACAACAAUCGGGUUGUGUUAUUAAAUUUGAUGAUCCAUUACCAAGUAAUGAUCGUAUAAUUAGUAUAAUUGGUAUGCCAAAUAAUAUUACUCAAGCACAAUAUUUAAUGCAAGCAACUGUUAAACAAUCGCAACUAUGGACUAAUUCAACUGUAGCAUCGUAA